AUGACGAAAUACAUAUUCUUCACCUACGGCAUAAUCGCGGGCUACCAAAAAGGAUUGCUAGCCGCUUCCACAGCACUACUAUUAAAGAGUUUGGGACUAAAGGUGACUGCAGCACGAAUAGAUCCAUUUAUACAGCUUGACGGCCGAAACCUCGAUCCUGGCUACAAUUAUCUGUUAGAGGAUGGCGGGAUAGCUGUUGAAGAAUUGGGCAACUAUGAACGGUUUUUGGACACGAAUCUUGAUAUAUCACAGUAUAUUACUAGUGGACAAGUGUUCAAUGGGCUUGUUGAAAAAGAACGUGCUGGUGAAUUUCUUGGACGGUCUGUGUUGCUUGUUGGUGAUGGCACUGAUAAAAUGCAAGAGUUUAUUGAAAAGGCUGCGAUCGGAUCUGAUAUUUGUGUUUUUGAGCUUGGCGCGGAAAUUGAUCUUCCAGAUACACAAACAUGGUUAGAAGCCAUUGAUGAAUUCCAAGAUAAAGUUGGUGUCGAAAAUGUGGCAUUUGUACACGUUGUGCCGUUACUUGCAUUACCGAAUUCGAGCGUCGCCACUAUCACAAAACCAGCUUUCGAUAGUCACCGAUCGCUUAUUACAAAUGGGACAACCCCGGACUUGAUUGCGUGCAUUUGCUCAGGCGAGUUGACUGAAGCUAUUCGUGAAAAGAUCUGCUUUGAACCAACCAAAGUGAUCCCUAUAUACGCAGUUCCUACCAGCUACCAUCUACCAUUCUUACUAGAACGCGAAAACGUUUUAGAAUUUCUCACGAAACGCCUACGGCUAGAUUUGAUCGAUAUAGACCCGAAGCAACUAAUAAUUGAGAAUGAAUCUCUGGGGAAAUGGAAAAACGUUAUUCAAGAUUACAAUAACGCUACGAAAUUCGUGACGAUUGCUAUAAUCGGUAAAUUCAAGAACCAGCAAGAUCUUCAUCACUCUAUUUCCCAAGCGUUGGAACAUGCUUCAAUAGCGUGCGGAAGAAAAUUAAUACUUAAGUGGAUUGAAGCAACCCACUUGGAACCACAAAGUGAAAUCAAUACACCACAUCAAUAUCGUGAAGCUUUGGAUACAUUAUUUUCGGCUAAUGGUAUUCUUGUACCGGAUGGAUUCGCUCAUUAUGGAAUUGAUGGUAUUUUGUUGGCUGCGAAAUCUGCAAGAGAGCGCGAAAUUCCUUUUCUUGGAAUCUCUCUUGGAUUUCUUGCAUCUGUCAUGGAAUUUGCGCGUAAUGUUUGUGGUCUAACUGACGCGAAUUCCGAAGAACUUGAUAAAACAACGACACACAAAGUCUUUAUAAAGGAUAACGAAGUGCUUGGACGCCAUCACACUAAUUUCCUCGAUGUAUCCGAAUGUUGGUCAAAAAUUAGACGAUUAUACGAAAUUUCAAAUAAUCCACAAUCAGACAUCAAAAUCAUAUCAGAACGCCAUCAUCACCGAUACAAGUUGAAUAUCGAAUAUCUUCAGUUCUUGGAGGAUGCCGGAUUGAUUUUUGUGGGAAGCAAUGAGACGGCCGAAAGAAUGGAGAUAUUCGAGCUUAAAGAUCAUCCAUUCUAUGCCGGUACACAAUUUCAUCCCGAAUAUAAAAGUCGUCCGUUUAAUCCUUCUCCGGUAUUUUUGGGCUUUGUUUUAGCUUCGUCCGGGUUAUCGAUACAAUGGUAUAUGGAAAAACAAUCAAGGAGUAAAUAA